AGGGACACCGAGCAGCACAGAGAGCCAGUCUGUUUUCUGCUCCUAGUUCACUGUAGCUCUUCUGCCAGACAGGACUCACCCAUCCACCAUCACAUGGUCUCAAACACGUUCAUUCUCACUACACGACAGCUGACAACACCUUUUCAUUUUCUCAGCAGUAGCACAUACUCACACAGCCAGAUCCAAAAGAGGGUGAAAAAAGAGGCUUGAUUUGUACUGCACACACACACGCAAACACCAGCUCUGAGGAGGCUGGGUCGAGGCUGGAGACGGUGACUGGAGAAUGGAAUGGAACCUCAGAAGGAUGGAAAGUGAACUGAGGCACAUCAACCCAGACCUGCUGCAGCCCAGCAAGAGCUUCAAGAAGCCCUCCUCAGGCACCAUCACCCUCAACGUAGGGGGAUUUCUGUACACUGCCCACCGGACCACACUUGCCAAGCACCAGGGGUCCUUUCUGGAAGAGUUGGCCAACGGUAAGAAGCCAGUUCAGCACACCGACUCCAUGGGCAACCCAUUCAUUGAUAGAGAUGGUCCAGUUUUUCGCCAUGUGCUCAACUACCUGCGAACCGGAGAGCUCCAGCUACCUGACGACUUCCGGGAGGCGGCCCUCCUGCGACGGGAGGCCAAUUUUUACCAUCUGAGUGAACUGGUGGAGGCCGUGGUUGACUGGGAAAGUCAGAGGGCAGCCCAGCGAGAACCUGCCUUUUUGGAGGUGACAGAUAGCCAUGAGAGGUCGCAGGGCCUCAAGGUGUACUGCAGUGACCCCGGCUUUAUCGACAAGGUUAAAGGGCGGCUGGUUCAGAUCUCCAAGAGCCGCCUUGAUGGCUUUCCGGAAGAAUUUGUGGUGUCAUCCAACGUGAUCCAGUUCCGACACUUCAUCAAGUCGGAGCCCGGCUCACGGCUCGUUCUGAAGGAGGACAGCACAUUCUUGUGCACGCUUGACUGUCUGAAACUAGAGACGGUGAUGCUAGCAUUGAGAUCAGGCUUCAAGCUGGUCACCAGCCUCGACAGCAGCAAAGGCUCCGUGGUGGCAGCUGAGGCGCUGCAUUUUGUCAAGUAGGAUGGAAGCAAUCAGAGAGAGGAGGAGAGGGAGAGGCAGAGAGAGAAAAGAGUAGUGCCUGAUUCCAUAUCCACCCUGCUAAUGUGAGGCAUUGGCUUGAAGAUCUUGUAAUAUGUAAUGUGUCAUGGGUGGGAGAAGGAAAACAGGUAGAUUGUACUGUCUAACAGGACAGUCUUUAUAUCUUUACUACACAAUGUUGACUUACAAAAAUAUGAUUUGAUAAGUUUUGGGUGAUUUUUAUCAAGAGAAUGGCAUGUUGACAUCAAUCUUUGCACUGCUUUGUAAGCUAGUAUAGAAUAAUCCAGAUCAAUUUAGCAUUUAUGUUAUCUAAAUUGAAUGUGAUGAGAUGUAAUACAAAAAGUAAUUGUAAUGUGAAAGACAAACCAACUGUGAAUCCUUCCAUAGAGAAGACGAAGGGAUCAAAUUGAGAUUCUGAACAUCGACAGCUUUAUCAGUGGAUUUGUUUCUGUAUGAGAACUGCUUCUGCUGCUUUGUCAACAGCUGCAAAAGCCCUCAAAACCAGCCGUGAUGUGCACUGUUGUGCCAUUCAGCUUUUACUACAAUCUGUGCGUGUGUGUGCGUGUUGCUAUACACUGUGUGUGCUGUGUUUAGCUGGUUUAAUAGCUUGUGUUUAGUUUAUUAGCCUUUCUGGCGCCUGGAGGGAAAAAAACAGCGCACUGAUGUUGUUCUGGUUGUACUAACAAACUUCACAUCCAAAUCACACCGAAGCAACAUGAAACUGUUUCUCACAUUAUGUCAACAAGUUGAGUUUAAGUGCAAAGAACCGUGAAUAUUGUAAGGGCUUUGAAUCUAGCAUGAUGCAUGUGCACUAAAUAAACUGUGUGUUUGUUAGUGCUGUGAGCCUCUGUGAAGCCAGUGCCACAACAAUGCCUAUUACUUUUCAAUGUGAAUAUUUUACAAAU